AUGGCCAAGGACAUCAACGACGCCACGAGCUGCAACUUGAUCCGCAGCCGCGUCGCACUCGUGCAGGAUGACACCAUCGAGGGCAGCGUGUACCACGAGUGGACCCCCACCGACCUGCCCAUCCUCAGCGUCGCCUCCACCGCCCUCUCCAUCGAGUUCCCGGGCUGUGUUUGGGACCACGCCCAGGAGUACGCAGCCAAGCCCAUCUCCAGCCAGCAGGCCUCCGGCAUCAUCAAUCUCAGCACCGGGCAGAAACUUCCAAUCCCCUCGAUGCAGGACCGCGAGGGUAUGGUCCUCAUCUGCUUGGAGGCUCCUUCAUCGUUCAGGCUAGCCAGUGGAGUCCAGAUCACCACCCAUGUCACGGUCACCGACAUCCCUGAGCCGACGAUUGCCAAUCACUCAACGGUUUGCCUCGACGACGACUGUCCGGAGCUGCUCGUCCUCACCAACAAUCGCUCUGCCCCCUUUGAUCCUAGAGCCAGCGAGAUCACGCGCGAGGUUCCUGGGCUCGCAGAUGAGGGCUGCCACUACCCAGCGUCGGCCAAGUGCGCACUCCUUCCAUUGGACCUCCUCAACACCAGCGACGACACCAUCACUAUCGACGCCGACCAACCUGUUAUUCUGCACAUGCUAGACAUUUCUCCUGCAGCUGAAGCUCGUAAUGCUAUUGAGAUGGAGUUGGUUGAUGUUGUUUUUCUUCUUCUGAAAGGAGUUGUUGCAACAGCUGAUGUUAUGGAGGCUUGCACUGGUGUGAAUGUUGCUGUUAUGUUUGGUGGAAUCCCCGGGAAGGAUGGAAUGGAAAGGAAGGGUGAUAUGCAGAAGAAUGUUUCAAUCUACAAAGCCCUCGAAGCUCAUGUGGCCCCCAACUAUAAGGUUUUGGUUGUUUCCAAUCCAGCAAAUACCAAUGCUCAUAUCUUGGAAGAAUUUGCUCCAUCUAAUCCUAAGAAGAAUAAUACUUACCUGAACCGCCUGGACCACAACAGGGCUCUUGGCCAGAUUUCUGAGAGAAUUAGUGUCCAAGUCUGAUGAGAGGAUUAGGCCCGAUCUUCGUUAGGUAAUGGUAAGUCGAU